AUGAAACCACCAAAUCAAAUAUUGGAUUCCAUUCUCGAGAGCAUCCCUUUCGCUCCUUCAAUCUGCAUCCAUGGCAAUUGCACAAGGACUCAGCCAUUGUCUCUAGCAUCGCUCAUCAUUGAUAUGGCAAGCAAUGGACAGGGACGAUGGCAAAGCGAAGGUCGGAAUGAAGUCGACUUUAUCAGUGAAAUGGAUUUCUUUCUGCCACACAAACUCACAGCAAUCACGAGUGUGGCGGUGUCAAUUUCGCAACGCCUCGGAACGGAUCAGAAGUUCAAAAUGAUGGAAGUUGUGGACAAAAGUCAAUUCACUCUCUUGGAUUAUUCUUUCUUUGUGAUUGUGUUCUUCGUUUCCGCCGCGAUCGGUCUUUAUUAUGCCUUCAAAUCUAGCAAAACCUCUUCGACAAUCGACGAUUAUCUUCUUGGAGGCAGAAAUAUGGGACUUUUCCCGGUGAUUUGCUCGCUAAUUGCAACUACUGUGAGCGGAACAACGAUUGUAGGUCUUCCAGCGGAAACUUACGCAUAUGGAAGUCACACUUGGAUGUACGCAGUGACCAUAAACGCUAUGGCUUUGAUAGUUCCGCCGAUUUUCCUGCCCAUUUUCACGGAACUCAAACUGACUUCGAGCUUCAAAUACUUCGAACUGCGCUUCAAUCGCCGAGUGAGACUUCUUGCAAGCUCGAUCUUCCUCUUCACUGGAAUUAUUUUCCUUCCACUGACUGUCUACGUUCCGGCCUUGACCUUCCAGAGAGUCACUGGCGUCGACACUUACGUCACCGUCGCGACGCUUUCGCUGCUGUGCGCUUCUUACACCGCGAUCGGCGGAUUCAAGGCCGUGCUCUGGACGGACGUCGUGCAACUCUUGCUCAUGAUCGCGUCGUGCGUCGUCGUGGCCGCGAUCGGGAUCCGAGCCGUCGGAGGAAUCGGAAACGUCUUCGCGGCCGCCGAUCGCGGAGGAAGAAUCGUCAUUGCGAACAUGGACUUGAAUUCCAGAAGCUCCUUUACUGGAUAUCUUGUGUCCGUAACAUUGGUUGCCACUUAUCAAUUUGGACUCAAUCAAGCCAACUUGCAGAGAUUUCUCUCAUUACCAAGCCAAAGGAAGAUGAAAAUAUCGGCUUGGAUGCAAGCUUUAGUAUUCGGUUUAGUUGUACUUAUUUCUCAAACGUUAGGCGUUAUAAUGUACGCUAACUACGAAACCUGCGAUCCGGUGAAAGCUGGAAUUAUAAGAAGUGUUGAUCAAAUUCUACCGCAUUUCAUCCAAGAGAAGGCGUCCUUAUUCCAAGGAUUUAACGGAAUCUUCAUUGCUGGCGUUUUUGCUGCAAGUUUGUCAACAACUUCUUCGUAUUUGAACGCCAUGAGCGGAAUUAUUUAUGAAGAUUUCAUCAGUAAUUGGCGUCCAACGAAGAGUCAAAAUAUCGCCAACAGAACGAUGAAGAUAAUUGUCAUGAUUCUGGGAAUUCUUCAGAUUUUCUUGGUAUUCUUUAUUGAGAAAAUGGGAAUGAUUGCGCAAAUGACACUUCAAUGCAUGGCUCUGAACGCUGCGGCUCUUCUUACGCUGUUUGUUCUUGGUGCACUUUUUUCUAAAGCCAACAAUUCCGGCGCUCAAGCUGGAGCUUUGACUGCCAUUCUGAGCGUUCUGACUCUGAUUUUUGGAAGCAUCAACAACAAACCCGAACCAACUCUUCCUUUCCGAACCGACGGUUGCACUGAUUCUCUGAUGAACGCUUUGAACUCAACGAUCGCAAGUUUUCCUCCGUCUUCAAGUGAUCAAGAAGACAUUUUCAGUCUGCUUCAAAUUCCCUUCAUUUACUACUGCUUCAUAGGAACGUUUUUGGGCAUCAGCGUUGGAUAUUUGACAAGCAUUUUAACCGGCGGAAAUACAGUUGAAGAUCAGCGACUUUUGGCACCUUUUCUGCGAAGAAAAGCUCCAACAGAAGAACAAAUCAGUCUCAAAUCGUAG